UAUCUGUCAGUCGAACGGCAACUGAACUUGAACUGAGAGCUUUGUUCGACGAGUUUUAAUUGUACGAAAAGAAGAUUAGCGAAUAUUUAUUUAGAAUGCGACAAAUCUCGUUUCGUGAUUAUUAAACUAAAUUCCUCACGAUGAGCUACACCUACUUAAUGAGAAAUACGUGAUACAACUACUUCAAGGAAUUACAAAAAUGGAGAUUGAAAACGAACUGAAGGCCGAUGAAUACGAAAUCGAGAUUCCUUUUUCUUUAUUUCAAUAUCUCAGUUCUGAAAAUUGUAACAUUCAAAAUAUAUGCAGGAUAUGUCUUUCGGAGAAUAACCAGUUGCUUUAUCCGUUAUUACCCGCCACAGGCGAUACGCUUCCAGACAUGUUUACUUCCCUUACGGCUCUACAAGUAUAUCAAGAUGAUGGCUUACCAUCUUGCAUUUGUGAGUUGUGCAGGGUUCAAGUUAUCAAUAGUUACGAGUUCAAGCUCCGAUGUGUCAAGUCCGAUUCUACACUCAAGUCACUCCUCAAGGAUGAGAGUGUUGCCAAAAUUGAAACUAACGAAAAUGAUUUUGAAAAAAAUCUCCCAGAAAUUAAUGAUCCUGCAGUAACACAUGAAGAAAUAAAAGCAGAAGGAGAAUUAGAAGAUGAUGUCCAGUAUUUAGAAGAUUUAGAAGAAAACUUAAGUGAAAGUGAUAAUGUAGCUCUAAGCAUACUGCAGAAUGCUGCAAAAACAAAGAAAAAUGACGUAGAAGUUACUGUAACUGACGCAGAAACAUUAUUGAAUGAUGUGAUUGAGAAGAAAAAUAAGUAUCUGAAAUCACAUGUAUGUACUUUUUGUUCUAAGAGGUUCCCCAACUCAAAAUCAGUGAAGGCUCAUAUAAAGAGAAAGCACGGAGAAGCCAGGCACCCCAACUCAUGUAACCAAUGCAAGGAGUCCUUCCAGUCAGACCAUGACCUGAAGCUACAUAUGCCAGUGCAUGAGCUUGGCCCCGUGUGGAAAUGUGUGCAGUGCAGCAAAGAAUUCGGUGGGCGAUCAAUGUUACGGCGCCACAUUCAGCGGCACAUGGAAUGCAAGCGCUACGCUUGUGAGGUGUGCGGCAAACCAUUCGCAGAGUUGUACGCGUUACGACGACAUUCCCGCGUCCAUACUGGAGAGAGAGUGGAGAAACGACACGCUUGCCAUCUCUGUGAUAAGAGGUACAGCGAGAGCAGUCUGCUAGCCGCUCACGUGGCGCGACACGGCGAUGCGCGGCCGUGCGUGUGUGACGUGUGUGGAAAAGCCUUCGUUUCCGCCCGCCUGCUCGCCUCGCACCACCUCGUGCACACCGACAACAAGCGGCACAAGUGCCGGUACUGUGACAAGACUUUCCGGCACGAGUCGACCCGCAACACGCACCACCGCACCCACACGGGCGAAAAGCCGUACGUGUGCGCCACCUGCGGCAAGCGGUUCAUACAGAACUCUAACCUCACGCUGCAUAUGAGGACACAUACAGGUGAGCGCCCGUACUCAUGUUCCACCUGCGGCCGCAGCUUCUCAUCAGGCUCCACCCUCAAGUGCCACGUACGAACACACACCGGCGAGAAGCCUUACGGCUGCAACAUUUGUGGAAAGAGGUUCGCCCGCAUGGACGUGCGCGGGCACAUGCGCCAGCACACGGGCGAGCGGCCGCACGAGUGCAGCGUGUGCACGCGCCGCUUUAUCAGCGCCGCGCGCCUUAGGGAACACUUCCGCGCCCACACUGGCGAAAGACCGUUCGAAUGUGCUACAUGCUCGCAGAAGUUCGCAACCAGAUCUCAAUUAGUAAAACACCUAAAAACACACCAGAACAGUUACAGGAGCAAGAAGAAGCACAAUCGCGCACCAAAACUAGUAGUGUAUUCUGGACCAUACACACAUGACGAAAUGGACCUCAGUAAGAAGGAUAGCGUUGGUGAUAACAUGGACAAUGUCAGCAUAGAAGUGUUGGACGGCGAUACCAAAGAAAUUAUAGUAGAAUCAACACACGAUGAUGCUGAAGUGUCUGAAGAAGUUAUACUGCCGGAUACAGAUAACAGUCAAGAUACCAUACAGAUGGGCACGCUUUGCUUGAAAAACCAAAUGGACAUUGUUCAUUACCCGCCGAGUUUGAACCUGGUUCGAUUAGAGGAGGCGCGGCCGGGGGACGUCAAACUGUACCAAGUGGACCAGAGCCUGGUGCAGAUACACAGCGCCCCCGGACACCUAACUAUUAGCAAGAUCACUAAUAAAAUCACCGCCAAUUUCUAGUCUAUUCACUUUGUAAUAACAUGUAUAAGAAACGAAAAUAAAUUGUUGAUUGAUUAUGAUUUUAUGUAUAAUUAUGUACAAGACAUGAAAAUAAAUUGUUGAUUGAUGAUGGUGA